AUGGAGCUUCUCAUCCCCCUUCAUUUCAGCACCCUCAUCUACCUGAGCUCGCUGGUCUCCUUCCUGUGCGGCUGGCUGGCCCUGCACGUCGCGCUGCUGGUCCCCGGCUCUACCACCAUCCUCUUCCUCCUGGGUCUCACCAGCUUGGUCCUGCUCUGCAUAGUCAACCUGGGGCUCCUCCAGCUAGCAGUGGCCUGGGAGGACGGGCUGAAGCAGGGGCUCUGCAGCGCAGCGAGACGGCGCUGCCCGUGUGGGUGCCACUGUCACAGCUGGCCACGUGUCCUCUGCUGCCCGCACUGCAACCGCUCCGUGGAGUUUCACCAGCAUUGCCUUCGGCUGAAGAAACACAUCAGCUCCUACGACAUCUGCUGCAUCUGCCUCUUUGUGACGGUCAGCGUGAGCUAUGUCAUGGCGGUCCUGCUGUCCUGCCUCAUCUACCUGGCACUCGUCCCCCUGUGGUCCAUCACCACAGUGAUGAUCUGCACCACCACGAUGACCCUCCUCACCACUGUCUAUCUGAGCCUGAUUGAGCCCUGGAUCCCCUGCGUCCCCCGAGCACAGCACACCCCGAGGUGCCAGGUACGGCUGCAGGGCAUGGAGCAUCCCGCCAGGCCGGGAGGGGGAUAUAGGACAUUGCUGCAGACCCAAGCCCAGAGCAGGGGGGCAGCCCCACAUAUCGAUGCUCUGCGUGAGUUGGUCCCACCACGCACGUACAUGCAUGCGUGGGGGGCUCCAUCGCUGCACACACUCCCCUCUCGGUGCUGGAUGCACCGACGACAUCUGGCAGCACUGAUCCACCUCCACCGCACCGAGCCCCCAGCCCCAUCGCUGUGUCCAAGCCCACCCUGUCCCACCCCGCGUGGGGCCAGGACACAUCCAUCACACUAUCCUGCUGUGGACGGCGUGCUGUGGGGCUGGGUGUCAUCACCCCAGAGCUGUACCCCGAGGACACAGAGGGCUCUCGCCCUUGCAGCCCAUGUUCCUAAGCCCUCCCCGUGCCGGCAGGACAGGACGUGCCUGCAACUUGCUUGCUCCGACCUGCCCCAGGAGCUGGCAGAGAUGGGUGUGGAGAGGGGAAAUGCAGCAGGAUGGGGUAGCCCAGGGUCCCCCACAACUUCUCCCCUUAUUCCAGCCCCUGUCCAUGCUUGGGAUGGGCGGUCCUGGAGCCACCAGGGUCCAUGGCCACCCUUCUCCCGCAGUCACCCUUCUCCACACAGGCUGCUACCACGGCCAAAAGCUGGCAGGAUGGGCAGGAGCCAACGGCAGGUGAGCAUUCCCUGGCAUGGGCAGGAUGGGGGGGCCAUGCAAGGCACCGGGCAAGCCCCACCAGCUCAACCUCAGCCCCGGACCCCUGGGAUGCUCCAGGGAAGAGCAGCAGCAGGCAUGGGGAGUCCCUUUCCUGCCAAAAACCCCUUCAGCAGAGAAGGAAAAUGGAGCACUGAGACAGGAGCCAUGCACCCACCGGCCCAGGGCAGGGGUGGUUUGAAGACUCGUGGCCCCCUCGGCAUCAGGGUGGCUGUUUUGCCCUGAGGAGCUGGCGGAGAGGCCAGUGGCAGGGCUGGCAAAUCUCCCCAUUUGCUCAGUUAGCUUUUUUAUUUUAAACAAAACUGUUUGACUAUCGAAAUCCUGCCCCCCUCAAAAAAAACAAGCGGACCCUCUUGGCAUGCCUGCAUCGCCCACGCUGCUGCUUUGUCAGCGUUCCCCAAUACUUGGAAAAGUGCUCGAAAUGCAAAUAUUUGCAAGGGUUUUUAGACAGUUUUCCACUCAUCUCUAAUUCCCCACAGUUAUGGCUGGAGGGGCCAACCCCAGCAGGCACGACGGGCUCCCAGCUAACCAUCACCAGCUUUCCCCAUGGCCAGGACACAGUGGGGAAGGAAAAUCCUUGUUCAAAGCCCCAGUAGGUGCUGGUAGGAGGCCAAAACGCGUUCUUCCCCAUGUUCUCCUCUCCCACCCAGGGCCUGGGGCCGUGGUGGACGGCAGGGAUGCCAAGGAGUAAGAACCUCACACCGAGCUCAGGCUGUGGUCCAGCUGGACAAGUGGACAAUAAAGAUCUUUACCCUGAGCUUUUGGUGAGCCAUGGUCUCUGCUGUCCCAGGACACAGAGGGACAGACCCUGCUCAGCGGGAUGGAGCAGCCAGCACGCUCCCUCCCCCAAGGG